AUGUCACUUGUUAUUUUCGGAGCUCAUGGUAAGGUUGGUAAAAACCUUGUAUCUUUAGCUGCUAAAUCUUUAAAAGUUACUGCAAUUAUUAGAUCAGAUGAACAAGCUAAAGCAAUUAAAGAAAUUGCAUCAAAUGUUGAAACGGCAAAUCUUACAUUAGAUAAAGCCACCGUUUCAGAGAUUGAAAAUGUAAUUAAAGGUCAUAAUACAGUUAUAUUUAUAGCUGGUUCUGGUGGUAAAAAUCUUUUGCAAGUUGAUUUGGAUGGUGCUGUUAAAACAUUUGAAGCUACUACGAAAGCUAACAUAAAAAGAUACAUUUUAUUAAGUGCUGUUAAUGCUGAUAAUCGUGAAUUUAUUGACAAAUCAUCAAUUAAAAAUUAUUAUAUUGCUAAGCAUUAUGCUGAUAGAAUUUUAAUUAAUGAAUUUAGAAAUUUAAAUUAUACAAUUGUUAAGCCAAGUUUAUUAUCGGAUGGUAAUCCAACUGGUAAAAUCAAAUUUCUUGAACCAAACGAAGAUGUUGGCUCGAUUGAUAGAAAUGAUGUUGCCAGAGUGUUAUUAGAUAUUAUCGAUAACGAAUCCACUUUUGGUAAAUCAUACAAUAUUGCUAGUGGUAAUUUAUCUAUUAAUGAUGCAACAAUAUACAAAUAA